AUGGCGGAGCUCGGCGCCCACCUCACGGCGGCGCCGGCCGCGCGCGACAGGCCCUCCAUCUUCGAGGCGGUGGCCCAGGACAGCCUCAUGGGCGCCGUGAAGCCCGCGCUGCAGCACCUGGCCAAGGUGCUGGCUGAGUCUGAUCCUGCCCGAUAUGGCUUCCUCUGGCGUUGGUUUGACGAGGCCUAUGUCCUCCUAGAUCUGCUGCUGCAGCAGCAAUAUCUGUCCAGGUGCAGUGCCUCUUUUUCUGAAAACUUCUAUGGCUUAAAGAGGGUCGCAAUAGGAGACUCCAAGCAGCAAUCGCUGGCCAGCGCUGGCCUGCCAAAGAAGCAGCACUGGAAGUCUCUCCUUCUGCUUGUUCUUGUUCCCUACCUGAAAGGAAAGCUAGAGAAACUGGUGUCCAGUCUGCGGGAAGAGGAUGAGUACUCCAUCCACCCUCCCUCCUCGUCCUGGAAGCGCUUUUACAGAGCCUUUCUGGCUGCCUAUCCGUUCGUAAACAUGGCCUGGGAGGGCUGGUUUCUUGUCCAGCAGCUCUGCUAUAUCCUCGGGGAAGCCCAGCACCAUUCGCCCAUGCUGCGGCUGGCUGGUGUCCGCCUGGUGAGACUGACUGCGGAUGAUAUCCAGGCCCUGGAGAAGAAAUUUGCAGUAGCCGCCCCGAAUCAGCCACACAGCAUUAAGACACAAGUCCAGUCGGCACUGAAGAAGGCACUGGGUGGCAUUGCUUUCUCCUUGUCCACCGGCCUGUCUGUCAGCGUGUUCUUCCUUCAGUUCCUGGACUGGUGGUACUCCUCGGAAAACCAGGAGACCAUCAAAUCUCUGACAGCGCUCCCCACUCCACCACCACCAGUGCACCUUGACCAUGGGGCGGACUCAGCUCUGCUACCUAAACUGAAGACCAUGUGCCCGCUGUGCCACAAAAUUCGAGCCAAUGCCACGGUCCUGUCCACGUCAGGCUACGUGUUUUGCUACCGCUGUGUGUAUAAUUACGUGAAGACUCACCAGCGGUGCCCAGUGACGGGCUAUGCCACCGAGCUGCAGCACCUCGUCAAACUGUACUCCCCUGAGAGCUGAAAGGCCAGCUCUGUGCCACCAGAGACGUGUCUCUGGGACUGCGUGGCAGGGCCACUGUGGAGCAGCGAGCCUCAGUUUGUGCUUUAUGAUGUCCUAGGGAAGGCUAUCAACCAUUACAACUUGGAAGAGAUCUCCAGAGCUGCCCUGAACUUCGCUGUCUUGGUAAACUGGACACAUUUUGCUGUCUUUGUAAAUUUUGGUGAGACUCUCCCCUCAUUUUUUUUCAAACAUCCCAUAACAAAGCUCCAGAGGGGCAGGACAGUCAUAGGCUGUCAGUCAGCAAAGAAAUGCCUUCAAAGGCCCAGAGAAUGGGAGGAAACAUUAUGUGGAUAGUAAGAAUGCAGGUGUGAGGACCAAAGAGCACUGCUGGCAAAAGUCCUGCUUGGGAUCACGGUCAGCAAAUUGGAGAUGUGCAAAUAAGGUCCAGGCAACUUACUCCACCCUCAGCAGCCUCAUGGACUGCAGGGCUGCUGGGGCAAGCACUGACACCAGUGAUUUCUGAAGAGAUAGAGGUGGGUUCAGGCCUCUUUUCUGAUCAUGGUGUUCCUAAGAGUCUCCAUGUAUUUUCAGGCUACUCACCUGUGAAUUAAUGAGAACAUUACACCCC